AUGCUUGCAUUCAUGGUGCUGAACCGAUGUGUGUCUCCACCCAUCCGAAUGUCCAUCUCUGGUUUCUCUCAGCAAGAGAAUGCCGGGCAGCUAGCAUGGGCAUAUAUCUUGUCUACUUAUCAAGUUCGUGCCCUCCACGCUUCCCUACUUCAGACCCAGUUAGCCCAACUCAGAAAGGGAGAUGAUGAGACGGCGGAAUCCUACUGCAAUAGGACCCGCACCAUCCGAGCGGAGCUGCUGACCAUUGGACAGGAGGUCCACAUGGCCACGUUUGUUGCCCACGUGCUGAAGGGCCUACCACCGGAGUACGGAUUUCUUCGCCGCAAGCUCGAAAUUUCCAGCCCUGACAUGACGGUGGAACGCGUGUGCACCGAGGUGUUGAUGGAGGAGCAGACUCUCUACAUCGAACAGAGUUACAAGCAUAUCACCAGCGAUACAUCUGCUUUCUCGGGCGCUGUCAACACCAUCGUGGCUACAACGGGGGUCAACGGGAAGGAAGGUAAAGGGGGACGGGAGCAGACGGACAAGAAGAAGGAUGGCAAGCGGGAGAAGAAGCGAGCCCCCUUCAAGGGGCGCUGCUACAACUGCAACGAGGAGGGGUACAUGGCUGCGAAGUGCCCCAACAAGAAGAAAGAUACAACGCCCGCAGCAGCCGCGAACGUAGCUGAAGGAGACGAGAAGGGCGUGGCGCUCACCGUCGCGUGUUCGGCUGCAAAGUUGCUGGCCGACGACAAGGACUUGUGGUUCCUUGACUCAGGAUGCUCCCAACAUAUGACCGGCCGCAAGGAGUGGUUCACGGUGAUCCGUGACCCAUCUGCGACGAAAUCGGUCAAAGGGUUUGAUGGUUCUAUGCAGAAAGUUGCCGGUGUUGGUGAGGUUUUGCUGGAGGGCACUAACGGCUUGCGUGUGACCCUACAUGAUGUCCUCUUUGUGCCAGGAAUGAAGGCCAACUUGGUCUCCCCUGGGCAGCUCUUGGACAAGGGAGCAAAGCUGCAAACCGAGGAAGGUGUCACUCGCAUCAUCGCAUCAGGAGGUCGAGUGGCUGCAACGGCACGAUACUGCCAUCACCUUCACUGCCUUGACCUGAAACCGGGGCCAGCAAGGAACGGUGCAAAAGCUGCUGCGGCAUGCAACGGCACGGCGGCUGCAGCGGCAUCCACCAAUAUGGCGGGUGGAGCGGCGAGCAACGGCACAGGGGCUGCAGCGGCACGCAACGGCACGGCGGCUGCAGCGGCAAGCAACGGCAGGGCGGCUGCGGCGGCAUGCAACGGCAGGGCGGCUGUGGCGGCAUGCGACGGCACGGUGGCUGCAGCAAUAUGCAACAAUACGGCAGCUACAGCGGCAUGCAAUGGUAUGCCUAAGGCAUUUGCUGAGGUGGUGUCAAGCGCACCGGAAGAGAAUGACGAAGCAGCCAGCCUCACAACAUAUGCGGUGGGGACCGAGGCGAUGCUCAACCUGCGGCACACCCACCUUGAGAAUGACCAUGCUGGUGCGGUGCAGUGGACAGCCACAAACAGUGGCAUGCUAGGCAUGGUCCUAGAGAAAGGAGGGGAGGACACGUCGAGCGCCUCCUCCCAAGAAGCCAAACUCACUCGUCAAACGCUUCCGCUACCUGACGAGCGAGAGGGGGAGGUUCUUGGGAUGGUCCAUGGCCCUGAGCAGAAUCAGCCGCCAUUACGUACCGUCAUCAUAAUCCCAGUGCCAUCUGUGCAAGGGGGCGAACAACCGUUUGAUCGUUCGGUUGACCCUGCGGGCAGCAACGCAACCAUGGCUCCGCCAGCUCUCUGUCCAUCCUUAGCUGCUGGCUUGGCACCUGUGGGACCAGAGGUUGGUCCCUCUGCGGAUGAACGUCGUGCAGCUGAUGAAGACAAGGAAGGAGAGGCAACGGAACUGAAAUCGGCGGCAACCCAUGGGAAAGACCCCAUACCCACGGUUCCGCCCCUCCAGCCCACUCCCCCAAUCCCAUGUCAUUCUAGCAGGUCCAACAAAGGCAUGCUACCUGUUCGGCUUCCCGCAUCCACCAUGACGGCCUCGGAUGCGGUUGAUGGCAACAACAUGUACGGCAUUGCAUUCCUUGCUGGAGGUGUUUAUGGCACGGACAUCUACUAUGAUGUGGAGUACUUGGAUGAGGCUGAUGAGGAGGAAGGGGGAUUGGGGAGCAUCAUCAUCAACCUCGGAGUAACCUUGACCGGACCUGAAGGCAAGGUGGUGGACAAAGGUCUCUUCGUGUUGGAAUACAUGUCAUCCACGGAUGGUUACCUUGGUCUGCAGAUUGUGUGCGACCACCCCAACAAGACACUCCUCCUGCACCAGAAGGCAUAUGUGGCGAAGGUGCAGCAGCGGUUCUUCAAAGGGGCGCCACCGAAGAAGCAGCCGAUCACCCCUCUCUCCUCUACCAGCUUUGUCAUGGAGGAUGCUGAGCUGUUUGCCGAUUGCACCAUGACCGACCGCCUUGCAGAAGGACAGAUUGGGGACAGUUUGGGGACAGAUUGGGGACAGUUUGGUGAAAUCGAUCUCGGGUCGCGUUCGGUCUGA